CAAGUUACUUGCCCUACGUUCUACCUGCCCUGCCGGCGACCUAUACGUCCUACAAUGGCGAGCGACCUACAUGGGCGGCGUGACCUACCUGGCCACCGUGGCACGAAGCGGAUCUGAGGUCUUUGUUCUGGCCUAGCAGACGCAAUCUGGCACACCGUUAGGAUGGGGACACAACCUGCUGGAUCAAGCGUCUUCCCGGCCCUUCUGCUGGAACACCUUAGAGGAACUCAUUGGACUCGUUGUGUGUGCGGUUAGCAUGGGGAAGGAGCCUGACGCAUCCCUGCCGGAGAGGUGUCUGAUCCAAUCGCGUUGCUCACACAGCAGAUUGGAGGAGCAGAAGCAGAAGGAAGCGGAGGAGGAGGAGAGUGAGGGGGGACGAGGAAGAGGAGGUGGGUGGUUUGUGUAGGACUAUCCAUUUGCCCUUCCUCGCGGCGGCUUGUCCAAUCGAUGGCCUCUCAGGGAAACAGUAAGAGGAGGCGGCGUUUGAGGUCUCAACAACAGCAAUUGGAUGGCGAUCAAGCCACCGACUUGGCGGGGAGCAGGAACGAGGAACAGGAUGACGUGUACUUCGACAGCUACUCGCACCUCAGCAUUCACGAGGAGAUGAUCAAAGACCAUGUUCGCACGGACGCAUAUUUGGCUGCCAUAAGGAAUUAUGCGGACACAAUCUGUGGCAAGGUUGUGAUCGACGUUGGUUGCGGCACGGGGAUUCUUUCCAUCUUCUGCGCACAAGUGGGCGCACGCCACGUCUAUGCGAUCGACGCGAGCGAGAUUGCUGUCCAGGCGAAGCGCAUCGUCGAGGACAAUGGGUUAUCUGACAGAGUCACAGUCAUUCACGGCCGAGUCGAGGAGGUGGAAUUGCCAGAGAAGGCUGACAUUAUCGUGUCCGAGUGGAUGGGGUACAUGCUUUUCUAUGAGAACAUGUUGCGAAGUGUCAUCGUUGCGAGGGACAGGUGGCUGAAGCCGGAUGGACUGAUGAUGCCCUCGCAUGCCACGCUGUACAUUGCGCCGAUCACGUAUGAAGAGCGGUACGACGAGGCCGUGGAGUUUUGGAAUAACGUGUACGGAAUUGACAUGUCAUCGCUCAUUCCUUUGGCUAAAAGGUGCGCUUUUGAAGAGCCCGUCGUUGAGCCGAUCAGCGCCGAGAACGUGCUGACAUGGCCUGCCAUUGUGACCGAGAUUGAUUGUGCGACUAUCACUGUCGCCGAGCUCGAGGCCGAGAUCAAAGGGACCUUCAGCGUGUCGUCGAUCAUGAACGGCACUCUCAAUGGCUUUGUUGUCUGGUUCGAUGUCGUGUUCCGGAACGGAGAACCGGCACAGUGCGAGCGGAGACUUGCCACCAAAGAUCUCGUGAAGGGUAGAAGCAAUAGAGAUGGUUGUGACGAUGACACUGUCGGGAGGGGUGGUGAGGGGAAAGGUGCAGAAAGUGGGGGAGGAGUGGAAUCAAGGAAACAAGAAAAGGAUAAGCGCAAAAGGGAGCAGGAGGAGGAAGGUGAUUCGCCAAGUCACGCGGGUGUGGUAGAGGUGGUCUCAGAAAGUGGCGCCGAGGGCAGCAAUGGUACCUGGUCCAGGAAUUGCAUCAAAGGAGGAUCAAAUAAAGAGACGGAGAGAGCUAGGAGGAACGAUAACGCUGAUAACGUGCGGCUGUCGACGGCCCCUGAACAGGAAUGUACACAUUGGCAGCAAACGGCCUUAUACAUAGACCAGCCGCUACUGGUGCGGCAGGACCAGGUUGUCAACGGGGCCCUGGUAUUGGGACUGAACAAGGACAACCCGCGGUUCCUGGACAUUCACCUAGAAUUCGAGACGGGCGGUGCAUUGGUUACGAAGGAUUUUGUUAUGAGAUGACACUCAGAAGGCGAGUUGUUCCUGCUCCUAGGCCUUCGAUACGACCUCUUUGAGCGACUCUUGAAGGGGGGGCAGGGAGGGGGAUCAGGGGGGGUAGGAGGGCGGAUCAGGAGGGUAGCGAGCGGAGAUCAAGAGGGGGGUUCUAGAGUAGAGGCUACAGAGAUCUGCUGGUGGGAAUGUGUGCAUGGUGCGGUGUGGGAAAACCACAUUACACGUGCAAGAAAGGAAUGGUUGCUCCUUACCACCCACCGGUUGGAUGUGUACGUGUUGAACAAGCACAAUCAAUACUGUGAUGAUAGGUUGUGAGCACGGUGCCCAGAUUCUGUGCAGAUUAUGCACGGAGCGGCAGCUGAGGAGCGGAUCAACCACUGAUUUGUCUGGGGAUUGUGUGCGGAUCGGCUACCGGGGAGCGGAUGAGACACUUUGUCGGCGAUUGCUUGCGGAUCGUGGGUGGAUUGUGUGCAGAUCAGCAGGGGUGUGCGCAGAGAUUGUGCAGAUCGUUGUGCUGAAGUGUUACCCAUGUUCCCGUCGGGUUUCGUGUUUGGCUAACUUCAAUUUUGUCGUUUAACAUAGACUUUCAUUUCUGCUGACCCUGGUUGGAAGGAAGCUCAAUGAUUGAUCGAUUGAAGUCAGUCAGGGCACAUAUAUUUUAGAAGCUAGAACUUAUCCUCGAAUUGUUGCCAAUGCAAUAAAGGAAAAUGUUGUAGAGUGGAAUGUGCUGUACAUAGUCCUCUUCAAUUUUUCCUUUCACAUAUGCAAUGGGAAGUUUGCUCUGGAGCCGUCGUCUUUCUUUUCUUUCAUUCUUCUCUAUCUAUAUAUACUCUUAUUAAGUGUAAACCGGGUCUCGCGUGACGACGCUCCCGCAAAGGCCCGGCUGCCAGUGUUUGGAAAACGUCGUUCCAUGUUGGGCCCGCGGCGUUCUGUGGGCCGCACUGGCUGGCGGGGUCGCAAAUAUCCAGGCGCACGUUCGGAUACAAGUACAUAGCUGCAGACUCUGAGUUGUUCUCCUUUUUUUCUUUUUUCCCCAUCUUCUGGCGCCAGGGGCAACAAUACCAUGGACGAGGGAGAAGAAGAGGGGGGGGAGGGGACAGGAUGGCAAUGAAGAUGAAAGCGACAGGAUGGAGAAUGCAGACGGACGAAGGGGAGCGACAGAUGGGAGGGAGGAAGACGACCACGAUGGGAAGUGCUCACCGUCUUACCAGAAGAUUGAACCGUUCCCUCUCAACUCCGAACCCGACGUUGAUGGAAGUGUCCGGCUGCUCUCUCUCUCUCUCUCUCUCUCUCUCUCUCUCUCUCUCUCUCUCUCUCUCUCUCUCUCUCUCUCUCUCUCUCUCUGUUCCGCCCCAAUCAAUAAAUGCUGCCUACAGUU